AGGCUCGGGGAGGGGGUGGGGAGAAGAAGAGCUCGGGAGGAGCCGCUGCCGCCGCCGCCCGGACACCGAGCGGAUCCGGAUCCCUGCAGCGCCGUCGCCAGCGGGGCCUGCUCAGCCGCGGUCGGAGUCCCGGCUCCCCGGGGGAGGCCGCGGGGGGAGGGGCGGUCCGGGAGCCGACGCGGGGAGGCGGCACCAUGACCGGGCGCGGCCACAACAAGCUGCCCACGACCGAGCGCAUCGUGAAGGCUGUCCCAUUUCCUCCCACGCAGCGGCUCACAUUGAAGGAAGUGUUUGAGGAUGGAAAGCCCAGGCUUGAUGUCUUGAAAAGCCACUUGGUGAAGGAAGGGCGGCUAGAAGAGGAUGCAGCAUUGAAGAUAAUCAAUGAUGGGGCUGCCAUUCUGAGGCAUGAGAAGACAAUGAUUGAAGUAGAGGCUCCAAUCACAGUGUGUGGUGACAUUCAUGGGCAGUUCUUUGACCUGAUGAAGUUGUUUGAAGUUGGAGGAUCACCCAAUAACACCCGCUACCUCUUCCUGGGAGACUAUGUGGACAGAGGCUACUUCAGUAUAGAGUGUGUGCUGUAUUUAUGGAGUUUAAAGAUAAAUCAUCCCAAAACGCUGUUCCUGCUUCGAGGGAACCAUGAGUGCAGGCACCUCACAGAAUACUUCACCUUUAAACAGGAAUGUCGAAUCAAAUAUUCGGAGCGAGUGUAUGAUGCAUGUAUGGAUACAUUUGACUGUCUUCCUCUUGCCGCCCUCCUAAACCAGCAGUUCCUGUGCGUCCAUGGAGGACUGUCUCCAGAAAUCACAUGUCUAGAUGACAUUAGGAAAUUAGACAGGUUUAAAGAGCCUCCAGCCUUUGGUCCGAUGUGUGACCUACUCUGGUCUGAUCCAUCAGAGGAUUACGGCAAUGAGAAGACGCUAGAGCAUUUCACUCACAACACUGUUCGAGGUUGCUCCUAUUUCUACAGUUACCCUGCAGUCUGUGAAUUUUUGCAAAACAAUAGUUUGUUAUCUGUAAUCCGAGCUCAUGAAGCCCAGGAUGCCGGGUACCGAAUGUACAGGAAGAGCCAGACAACAGGCUUUCCAUCGCUAAUCACGAUCUUCUCUGCACCAAAUUACCUAGAUGUGUAUAACAACAAGGCUGCUGUGCUGAAAUAUGAAAACAAUGUCAUGAACAUCAGACAGUUCAACUGUUCUCCACACCCCUACUGGCUUCCAAACUUCAUGGAUGUCUUCACGUGGUCUUUACCUUUUGUAGGGGAAAAGGUCACAGAGAUGCUGGUCAACAUCCUCAACAUCUGCUCUGAUGAUGAGUUGAUUUCAGAUGGUGAUGAAACUUUGGAAGAUCACUACAUUUCAAGCUAUCAGAAAGCAGGCACGACAGUCCGUAAGGAGAUAAUCAGGAAUAAGAUCAGAGCCAUUGGGAAGAUGGCGCGUGUUUUUUCAGUUCUCCGAGAGGAGAGUGAGAGCGUGCUGACUCUCAAGGGCCUGACUCCCACAGGUACUCUGCCCCUGGGAGUCCUCUCAGGGGGAAAGCAGACUCUACAGACUGCCACAGUAGAAGCGGUAGAGGCACGGGAAGCCAUCCGUGGAUUUUCACCGCAGCACAAGAUCCGCAGCUUCGAAGAAGCCAGAGGGUUGGACCGCAUUAAUGAACGCAUGCCGCCGCGCAAAGAUUCAAUGCACCCAGACGGGCCGGUGAACUUGGUAACCUCAACAAACUCUGCGGAAAAGAACGGCACAGGGAAGAAAGCUUAGUAAUGGUUCUAAUGCCCAAUCUGCACCACUAAAGGAUCCAAAACUUAAUGAAUUUUAUUUAUUUAUUAUUGGGGUGGGAUAGGGAUGGGGAGAAAUAAACUUAACCUGGAGGCACGUUCAUAAUCCAGUUUGCAUCCAUUCUGUAAGAAAGGUGACCAUUUUGUAAUUUUUUUAAUUUAUGUUCAGUAUAUAAAAAGUCCAUCUUUUUUUUUUAAUUUAGAAACCAAUCUAAUUGCUAGUGCAUAUAUGAAGUGUUGUGCUGUACAGCUGACCUCUCCCCCACAGAAGGGGAACCUCUGAGGAUUUAAAAAAAAAAAAAAUCACACUGAGUCCCAAGCAACUUUGAUCUUGACUUUGGUACAGUUUUAAAUUAGCCUGUGCUUUCAAAAGCAGCAUCUUUCAUUUUAAAAUGUUUUCACAACUGUCUUCACGGAGUUUGCUGUUAUUUUCUUCGACUUUUAUUGUCUAGCUGCAGCCGCUGCUUUAGCAAUUGAUCUUGUGGAAGAUGGCAUGCUGCAUGGAGCGACUGGCUCAGACCCAGCCUUCUCUUUUUGGAAGACUUUAUCCUAGGUGACGUUAAAGUGGAUAGUUCAGAUUCCAGCUGGGGUGUUGGAUUAUCUCUUGGGGAUAAGGGUGUGAAUUUUCCAAAACUAGCGCAUUUUUCUUCAGGAUUCCAAUUUAUUCCAAUAGAACAACAAAUCUCUUAGAAUGACCUGGAAGGUGGGCAUGGGAAAGCAUCCCCUCUAGUCGCCAUUCUUUCUAAAGCUUCUGGUUUUCAGACUCUGAAGCAAACCAUUUGCAUCGUUCCAUCAGUACAAACAACACUUGAAGUGCAUCUAAACGUUCUUUACAGAACACUGUGCGUUUUGAUUUGUAGUCCAUUGAAACAGGAGUAGGUCAGUGCACACUAGGGAACAUUUAGUGCACAAUAGCAAUGUCCAUGUAGCCAAUUAGUGCACUAGGCUUUACACCCCAGCUUGUCGUGCACUAACUGUGUCUUGACAAGCCCUUGGUGUUGGUGUUGCCACAGACAGUAGCAACCAGAACACACACACACACGCGCACGCAUAAGGGAUUAGGUGAGCAAGAACCUAGUGACUAGUGGAGGUAUGGACGAUGUAUGCUGCAUGGAAGAUGGUGAGCCAUCCAGGGAACAUCAGGGACUCCAUCUGAAAGAGGGAGUAAUUUACCUGGCCUCAGAUAAGUGGAGAGAUGGGAUGGGGAAGGAUUGGUGAUCCAUACUGAUCGUUGCCCCCUUCCCCUAAAUAUCUGUGCUGUUGAAUGCUCAGUGCAGAGAGGGACUUGUGAAACACGUACGUUCUUGGAAACAUCUGUUUCCUUUGCUUGUACUGAGGAGGGUAAUUUUUAGAGAAGGAAAGUGGCUUGGAGAACUCAGUGGAUCUGGGCUAGAGAUUCUUGAAGGCUGUUUGUAUAGUACAUCUCUUUAGUGAGUUGGGGGAAGGAGAUUUCUUUAGGUGAUGGUGGGUUUCUACUAUAAAUGCACACUGGGGAUGCCAAAAGAAUGGCCUCUAUACAUUGUAAAGUGUUUUGAAGUUGGAAUCUAAAUAAGCAAAGUACCCAGUUUGGUUCAUUUACUUAUUCAGACUUUGACUUAAUCCAUUUUUGAAACAGACCUUGAAAAAUCCAAACCUGGUUGCUUAUUUUUACAAAAUGCAAACUCCUCUCUUUCUGCCUUUCCCAUAUGGAUCAUUUUAGCUGAAUCCCCUCCUGCUUAUUACAUUGCAUCAAAGCAGCAUCACUCAAAUGCUAGGCCUUGGCUGCUUUUUGCUCCCCUUCCCGCUUGAACAAAUGUAUGACGACAUCUACUGCCACCAAGCAGAUGAGCAGGGUUAAACUCUACCCUCUAGGUGAUCCAUGCACCCUGUUCUUUAUUUUGUCUUGAAGCCUCUUGAUGUUACUAUCUUCCCUUCAUGCUGUGGGCAUAGUCUUUGAUUCCAAUCCCAGAGGAAGGCAGCUGCCUCACAGGAAUCCUUUAAAUUGUCACUUCUAAUGAUAUGUCACAAACUUAAUUUCAUACCAGUUAUUUAGGACACUGCAUCUGAGCAGAAGGGGGUUUUAGCGAUGGACUCUUAAAGUCAUGUGUCACCAUUUUUUUUUUUACAUGACUGCCGCUUUGUGAAAGUGAGUGUUUUUGGAAGGCUUGUCUUUUCUUACUCCUGUGUGGGGCAAGGGGUCCCUCUUGAUAUCCCUCUUCUUUCUAUGGCAUCUGUUCCAAAGCAGGAAUAGACUUAAACAUUGCAUCUUCCUUUUAAAACUGGCUGGUUGUGCAGUGUGCUACCCUAGUGUGUAGUGCACACACUCUGACCUGGCUGAGAUCUUCUCUGAGCAGCAUCUCUGUUUCAAGAGCCAUGUGACAGGUACCAGAAUGAGAUUCAUCUGUCCCUCCUUAGGGGUUGGUGAAUAACCGGGUGGGGGGGGGGGUGUUUGGCUAGGUGGGAGCCCUCCUGUCCAUAGUAAUGGUGGGAGAAGACACUGCAAAGGUAUCCUCUGCUCAUCACCCUUUGAAAGCUUAACACUGAAAGUUGUUUCUGCCCCAGUUGCAACGGAAGCUUUGCUCAUGGAUUCCAAGUUGCUGGUGUUGGCUUUCUUGAAAAGAAAAGGCGUUUGUUCAUGAAACGCUGUCCUGUUCUGAGGUGUGGUUUGUUUGUUUGUUUGUUUGUUUUUUGUUUUUUAAAGCAGGUUGCAGUUCAGCCCUACCAGCUUCUGCUGUGACCCUCUUUGCCCUUACUCCUCAAAGAAAGAUUAGUUUCUGUUUCAAAGCUGGAGGCUCACCAUAGCAUUGCUUAAGUGGUGUUUGCAAAGCAUGGAGCUUCGAAACCAUAGUUACUGGAGCUGCCUGCCUGCCAAAAUUAUCCAUCCUCAACUAAUCAGGGGGCAUAACUGGGGGUGACAGCUGGCUUCCUAAAUUCUGAUUGGCUUGUGACUUAGCAAUACGUUGAGCCAGAGGGGGCUUGUUUUUAAGCAUGUUAAUUGUUGGGUGUUCCUUAAACAGGAGUCCCAAGUCAUCUGCUAAUUGUCAGUCAAUGAGGCUGUCUCCGAUGGGGAGGAGCCCAGCUCUCACAUUAGUCACAAUCAGCUCGAAUGAGCAGUACUGAGCGGCUCUGACAGCAGUCGCUAGCCCAGUGUGUUGUGGGCGGAAGGAGCUCUCUGGAUGACUCAUGGCUUCCCCAUGCAGGAGCUAUCGGGUCUUCCCCUCCUUAUUCUAUCAAGCUGAGAGCUGCUGGAAACGUAUUCCAUAUCCCACACAAGCACAUGCAGAUAGGAUGCUGUCAGGCGAAGCACAGUCUCCAGUUGCUAUGGGAACGUUGGUGCCAGGGUCUGUGUUUUUUCAGCACAGUAUGCAGUGUUCUUAAUGGGGCGAGGGGGUGAGCAGCAGCACAGAUUGGGGAGAGUGGGUGUUAAUUACCCCCUUAAUUGAUGUUCAUCUUGUAACCUUCCCUGUCCUGGCUUUUCCUCUUUAAUUCAGAGGUUAACUAGCUCCUGUUGCGCCGAGUGGUGCUGUAAAUGGGUAGCAGUGUCUGAGCGGUGGUAAUCGUGCAUUGACAGUAGGGGAGGAGUGUACCAUCACCAGCUGCAGUUAUCUUGGGCAUGUUGAGUUUCCACCUUCAAUCGGAGUCGGGGCGGCCAGGAUUUUUGCUUUUAAAAUAUAAACACAAUACGUGAACCAACCUUCAGUGCUAAGCAUUUAAACCUCACAGUCCCCUUCACUUCUUUUCUUUGUAUCCCAAGGAAGGAGGGGGAGAGAGACCUCUAAGCAUAGGCUUUGAGUGCUGGGCAGCUCUGGAAAGAAAGUAGAGCUCAUUCCCAGCAAAGCAUCAUGCCACAAGCACAGCAUUUGGUGCGAGAGGGGCUCCUGCACUUCUGCACUGUAACAGACGAGUGUAAAGAACUGUGGCCUUCAAAGCCAUGUCUGAGAGAGGGAGGGGCUUAAAUAUUCCCCCUGCUCCCAGUGCAAAAGUAUUGCAGAGACUUGAAGUAGUUUCUCCUCUUCCAACUUCCCAUCCCAUCUCCCAGAAACCCAGCACUGGUUCUGCUUUGGAACUAUGCAUGUCUGAAGAGGCUUCAUCUCAGAGCUCCAUUCCGUCCUCUGUUUCCAUCCCCUCUUGCCAGCCAGCUGCAGAAGCUUGACAAAUGAGACUUUGCAAAAAAAAAAAAAAAAAAAAGAAAAAAGAAAAAGGAAAAAAAAAAA